AUGACAAAAGUCGUUGGCCAAGUACUGGUAGUGGUGGCUGUUUUAACUUUGGUUCAUGCUGCAUUCUCGACGUAUGAAUAUCUGUCGACUCUGAAAGCUUUGUCUAGACCAGCUACUUCGUUACCCGCCUCUAUCAUCGUAGAGGCCUUGGUUUCGUUAGGAUUGUUUAUACCUGGAAUAGCUUUAUCUUCAGAAAAAUUAGAAGACGUAACGUACCGAGGAGAACUAGCCAAACGGAGCAUAAACGAUCAAAACGCAAAUAUGGCUUUUAUGAUCCCAUCGAAACGUGGAAAAGCGAUAUUUGGUGAUACACAAUGA